GCCCCCGUCGGCACGCGAACAUGGCGUCGGACGGUGAAGAAGAGCAGGACUUCGUCACGUAUGGAACUCCUCUGGAGCCGCUCGAGGAAGAUGCACCAGUGAAGAAGCCAGUGCCCAUUCACGAGCAGACAGUGAAGGAUGAGAAAGGACGAUACAAGAGGUUCCAUGGUGCCUUCACCGGCGGUUUCUCAGCAGGAUACUUCAACACUGUGGGCUCCAAAGAAGGAUGGACGCCUUCCACAUUUAUAUCUUCUCGACAGCAGAAAGCUGCAAAGGUUAAUGCAAGACCUGAAGAUUUUAUGGAUGAUGAGGAUUUUAGUGAGCAUGGUAUAGCACCCAGUGAAAUCACAACUACUGAGGACUUUGCCUCAGGACCCAGGGACCAGAUUAGGGACAAGGCACGUGCCUUGAGCUCUCUGGUGGCCCCCAUCCCUGGAGACAAUGUCCUGGAGGACCUAAUUUCUCCAGCCAGGACCUCAGUGGGCAUAGAACUGUUAAGGAAGAUGGGCUGGAAGGAGGGGCAGGGAGUUGGACCCAGAGCAAAGAGGAAGCCCCGGACCCAGAAAGCUGAUGGUGGGCCAAGGGUUUAUGGCUGUGCUUUACCACCAAAUGGCUCAGAAGAAUCUGAGGAGGAAGAUGAUUACGUCCCUGAAAAUGUGACCUUUGCUCCAAAAGAUGUCACACCUAUUGAUUUCACUCCCAAGGAUGACUUACACGGGCUGGGUUACAGGGGCCUGGACCCCCAGCAGGCGCUAAUGGGUGUGUCCAGCACAGGACACGUUGACCUGUUUACCCUGGACUCCGACAGGACCAGCAGCUUGUUUGGGGACAACCAGAUGAGGCACAGGCGCAGGGCUGGUGUGUCUGGACAGGCAUUCGGUGUGGGAGCUCUGGAAGAUGAUGACGAAGAUAUCUACCACAGAGACACGCUCUCUAAUUAUGACUCCGUCUUGGGAGGGGAGGAGCCAGGAGAUGGACUUUAUGGCUGGACUGCACCAGAGCAAUACAACCAGAAGAAGAAAGGAUCCAAUACAGAAGCGUCUUACCUUGGUAAAAUCUUGGAGGGUUUUACUUUGGCUUCUAAAGCCCCUGAGGCCAAGUCGAUAUUCCCUCCCCCAGACCUGCCCCGGGACUUCAGGCCCAUGCACUACUUCCGCCCUGUUGUAGACGUAGCUAAUGUCAGCCCCAUAGUGGCCCAGGCCUUGCUCGUUUCAGGGGGGCAGAUGUCCACAGAAAGCGCAGAGAAGGGACGGCAUCAGCUGGAUGCCUCUCAGAGGAGAAGUCUCCUGGGGGAAUCAUCUCUCAAAGGGCCCACCUCUGUGUUUGACCUGCUGGACAGUAAGGACAAAGAGCGUUUAGAGGGCAUCCGCCGGUCAGCAGAAGAACGGAAGACGGUUGCCUUUGCACCCGAGGAGAGUCGGGGGGCCAUCGUCACAGCCAGCACAGCUCCAGCAGCAACAACAUUCUCCCGGAAUGCCCUUUCGAGUCGCUUCCAGCCACCUGACUCCGAACGGCUCCUCAGUGCCUGGAGAAGCCCAACGGCGGACACUGCCCAGCCCUUCAGGCCAUUCGAGAAAAACCCAGAGAAGCAAGAACGCUAUGACCUGUACAUCAGCAAGCUGAAGCAGGGCCGGAAAGAUGCCUUGGAGAGCAGUUUGGACCCCAACAUGACCGAGUGGGAGCGUGGCCGGGAGAGGGACGAGUUUGUACGGGCUGCCAUGCUGUACAAGCCAAGCAGCUCCAGCCUGUCUUGCAGGUUCACCCGGGCUAAGCACCAGGACGACGACAACUCUGUGGAGGUGCCACGUGACCAGGAGAACGAUGUUGAUGACAAGCAGGCAGCAGUGAGGAUGAAAAUGUUUGGCAAGUUGACGCGGGACACCUUUGAGUGGCAUCCAGACAAGCUGCUCUGCAAGAGGUUCAACAUCCCAGACCCUUACCCUGGGUCUGGCUUGGUGGGGCUGCCUAAGGUGAAGAGAGACAAGUUUUCUGUGUUUAAUUUCCUGACCUUGUCAGACAGUGGCCUAGGGGACAAUGGGAAUCAGCAUGCAGCACCAGCAGCUCCACUGGGCACACCUAAGACGGCACAGCCUGGUAAAAAGUCAAGGUGGGACAUACCGGCUGAGGCUGAGCCACCAAAGGAUCCUCUCGGCACGUUCCUCAGCAUGGCUCGCAGCGAAGCCUCAGCACCACAGCAGGGCCAGAGCAGUGAGACCACCUCCACGCCCACACUUGAGUCCAAACCAGAGCCAGUAGAAGGAGAAGAGGACAACAGACCCCCCAUGGAUCUGUUCAAAGCAAUUUUUGCCAGCUCAUCAGAUGAGAAAUCAUCAUCUGAGGAGGAAAGUGAGGAUGAGGACAAUGAAAGUGGUCCUGAGCAGACGGAGCUUGUCCCUCACGCCCUCCUUCCUCCCUCCAGCUCAGCUGUUCCAGAGGUCAAGCCCCCUGUAACAUAUCCUGAUCCGGCCCCUCCUCCUCCUCCUCCCCCCCUUCCCCAAGAACCAGAACUGGAAGAGGAAGAGUUUGGACCACGGCUACCUCCACCAUCAUCUUCUGGACCGGAGCAUCAGUCUUCCAUCUCAUCUUGGACCCAGGCAGAAGUGCAUAAGAAGAAAAGCAAAGAGAAGCAUAAAGCCAAGAAGGAGCUGAGACACAAGGAAAAAAAGGUUGGUUUAUUUUUAUGUCACUUUCUGUUUAUGUCGAGAUUGUCCAAAUGUUGUCUCCUUUCUAUUUUCCUGCCUUUCAGCAUAAGAAGAAAAGCAAGAAUCACAAGAGCAAAGACAAGAAGAAGAAGAAGAAAAAGAAGAGAAAUAAGGCAGUGGAGACCACUGGCAGUUCAGGGGACUCGGAAGAAGAUAGCAGCAGCAGCACAGACAACUGUUCUGAGGGUGUCUCCACGACAGAGCUGCUGAAAAGGAUGCAGAGCUUCCGUGGGAAAGAACUGAGGUGAUGCUGCUCUUAGCAACGGGAAAGUCACGUGUCCUCUGUGAGGAUGCUUCAGCGCUGGUGCCAUGGGACGCGAUGCUAAGUGGACAUCCUCGCAAUGGCCUGCUUGGCAGAUUUUGUUUCAAUUUCCUACGUAUGUGGGAUGGCUGAACCGAACAUCUGAGUGACCCAUGCAUUUUAAAGCCCUUUUUAAUUGCAUUUCACCAAUAAAAUUAUAUUAGAGCUGGAUUAG